CCGCUUGGAGCGCUAGUAUCGUCCCAGAUGUCUAACGACAACAAUUUACGUAUGACAGACUAUCGUGACUAGGUUCUGGCGGAUCUCUCUGUAGUCGCGAUAUGUAUGAUCUUUGCAAGCAUUUAUGCCGAGAAAUUUGACAAGUACAGUUACAAAAAUUUGUCGAUAGAAAAGCAUGAAGAGAGUAAUAUUGUUCAAAAACGGAACAGAUGUAGACGGAAAGGUAUUUUUAGUGACACAUUCGCUGGACGAACUGCUGACAGCAGCGAGCCAGAAAUUUGGAUUUACAGCUAAACGAUUGUUCACAUCUCAGGGUGGCGAAAUUGAUGAUCUUAAGCUUAUUAGAGACGAUGAUGUAUUAUACGUUUCUGGGGAAGGUUUUAUUCCUGUGAAACCAGCCACUACUUCAGCAACAAGUUAGGUCGUACCUGUUAGUUCUGGAACUGAAACGCCGUCAUGCAGCAAAUCAAACACAGAGUGGGUGACAUUAAUUGUAGGCGGAAAAUACUUCACCACGUCAAGGAGCACAUUGGUAACAAAGGAACCCAUGAGCAUGCUAGCAAGAAUGUUUGCAGAAGGGGACAAUGGAUUUUUAAUGACUCCUAACAAUGUUGACAAAAAUGGUGCUUAUCUUAUUGAUAGAAGUCCAACAUAUUUUGAACCACUUCUCAACUAUCUGCGAAAUGGUCAACUAAGUUUUGAUACUAAUGUGAAUCCAGAAGGAAUAUUGGAGGAGGCACGCUUCUUUGGCAUUGAAUCAUUGAUUCCUCAGUUGGAAUCAUUAAUACAAGCUGGUCAACGUUCUAGAGAUAAUGCUCCUCUUACUCGGCGUGAUGUUGUUAAUGCCAUCAUUGUCACACCAUUCACCGCUGAACUGCGUUUCCAGGGGGUUAAUUUAGCUGGUGCAGACUUAUCCCGCUUAGAUUUACGCUACAUCAAUUUCAAGUAUGCAUGCCUCCAUGGCUGUCGGAUGCUGGGUGCAAAUUUGAGCCGGUGUAGCAUGGAGAGGGCAGACCUCAGCCAUGCUCAGUUAGAUGGUGCUCAGUUGCUUGGUGUCAAAAUGCUGUGUGCCCAUUUGGAGGGAACAAGUCUUCGUGGAUGUAAUUUUGAGGACCCUGCUGGAAGCAGAGCCAACAUGGAGGGAGUCAAUCUAAAAGGAGCCAUCCUAGAGGGUAGUAAUAUGGCUGGUGUAAACCUGAGAGUGGCCACCUUAAAAAAUGCCAAUCUACAAAACUGUGACUUGCGAGCUGCUGUGCUAGCCGGAGCUGAUCUAGAGAACUGUGACCUCUCUGGAAGUGAUCUCCAUGAAGCUAAUUUGCGGGGAGCAAAUUUGAAGGAUGCAGCCUUUGAGCUUAUGUUAACACCAUUACAUUUGUCACAAACUAUACGCUAGGCCAUCACUGUGCUGCUAUUGUAGUGGAAACGUGUGCAGUCAGUUGUAUAAUAUGAUUACUUUUCCAGAGGCAUGAGCAACUUUGUUAAGUUUUUUUGUAUAAUUGUAUAGUUGUAUAUUUGUUGAAAGAUGUUAAUGGAUGGUGUACAUUUACUUUUGAAAUCGCAACCUUUGUACAGCAGAAACAUUUUAAUGUUAUCACUGGAGAUAUUUAUUUGUAAAUAUUUUAGUAUCUAGUGGCCUCAGAGUGAAAGAAAAUUGUACAGUGUAAAUGUAAUGCAAAGUAUGCAUUAUGAAGGAAGUGUCACCAAAUUUUGUUACCAUUUUUUUUUACAACUAGCUGCAAAUGCAUUAUUAAAUAGUACAAGCUGAUAUAUAAUAUUAUUUUUAGAGUCUGAAUAUACAAGGAAUUUGAUUUCUUGUUAUAUACUGGAACAUGUGUUCAAAUAUAAUGCUAAUAGGAGCAUGAUCUCAUUAUGUAAGAAGCAUAUACAAAGCUGCAGUUACUUAUAGUUAAUUCUUCCCUAUCUAAUGUGAUAGUUUUGCGGGUCUGAUUAUACUGGUGGCUGUGAAUAAGUGACACAAUUAUGGUAUCUUAAUAAUAC